CCUUUACAUCACCUCGCUGCAGAGAUGAAUAAUCAAAGAGUAACCUAUGCAGAACUGAAUCUUGUUAAAGACUCAAAGAAACAGCAAAUGAAACCUAAGGGUCCUAAGAGCUCCAUUUCAGUAACUGAGCAGGAAAUAACCUAUGCUGAAUUAAAUCUUCACAAUGCCUCUCAGGAUCUUCAAGGGAAUGACAAGAAGGACCACUGCAAAGAUUUACCACCACCUCCAGGGAAGCUCAUUGCUGGGAUCCUGGGCAUCAUCUGCCUUGUCUUGCUGUCUGCUGUGGUAACAAUGACAGUUACUCCUCCUAUUGUAAUCAUGGAGCAGAGCAAUUUAUCCUGGAUAACAAGGAAUCAGAAAGCAUAUCGCUGUCAUCGUUGUCCAGAGGAGUGGUUAACAUAUUCCAACAAUUGCUAUUACAUUAGUAUUGAAAGAAAAGCAUGGAAUGAGAGUCUGAUGGCCUGUGCUUCUAAGAACUCUAACCUGCUUUAUAUAGAUAAUGAAGAAGAAAUGCCUGACCUCUUAGGGAUUGCCCUUGUGAUUGCAUAG